AACAGAAAAGCUACUGCAUGUUUUCCCAGUUUGCAUCUUGGGAGAAGCAUGGUAUUACUUAAUCCAGUUUCAACUUGUCUGCACUACCUUUCAACACAGAUUUGAACUCUGCCCGGAGGUGCUGCUUGGUUGAAGCAUAAAUGAUUUGUUGUUGUGCAAUAGAAGCAUAUCACCUUUCUUCAGUCAAAAUAUUAUUGCAUGUUAAUCCACGUGAAACUUGAUGGCUUGGCAGUGGUCUAGGAUGCAAAACCUUCCUGAACUGCUGAUUGAGAUACUAACAAUCUCCUGAUGAGAACAUACUGCUCUCUGGGUGUAGUGCUUUUAAUAUCUUUGGAGAGCAAGGAGGUGGCAUGCAAUCAAUCUUAAAGCAAUUUGAUAAUCCUAAGCAUUGUCUUGGAGAAAAUGUCUUCUACACAGCUCUUACCAGGCAGUUUAGGUUCUUGGGAAGCUAAUGAAAAAACUAAUUUUGUGUAACAGGCUUCUCUGUAGUAAGGUGGCUUCCACUGGAAUAUCUAUGGAAAGGAAAGCAUGAAAGCCAGUGUCUUGCUUUUUUUGUGGGAAAAAAAAGAGAUUAUUUUCUGACAACGUGUAAUAGUGUACGAGGUACGAUUAUGCUUCUCAGCUGUUUGAAUUUAGGGGUCACUCAGCUGUUUAUUGUUUGAUGUUUGGGGAUAUUGGUGGAAGAGUUUCUUAGUGCUUAAAAUCUUUUGGUUUGGUAGGUGCAUUGGUUUUGGGGAUAGAAGGAAAAGUAUUGAGGAUGACAAAACAGUGAACAUGAGCUGCAGACAUGCUGGUCUUAAGUGUCUUUUCUUGUGUCUGCUGACACUUAGAAGCAGGUUCCUGGCUAGGUGUUUGAGUGUUGAAUUAUUUUGUUUAGUUGUUGCAAAAUGUCUACAAACUGUAACUUGAAAAACUGUUACAGGUAGAAAUUCCCUUGUCAUACUCUUCUUUUUAUCUUUUUUUCAGUACUUUAUUUCUUAUAGACAGAGAAAAGCUGGUUUCCAGCAACUGUGCUGUUCUUCCCUCCUUGCUUUGACUCCUAGAAAAGAACCAAGUGUCACAGAAAUACUAAUUUUUCCCCUUUCCUGCUGUUGUCGGUCAGGGUUUGUUCCCACUUGUAAGUGGUGCAGGGAAGAGGGAGGGGGAGGAGUUCGGACUCGCUGUGCAAAUACAUACAGACAUACUAAUCUAAAUUGAUGCCUCACUGAAAAAGAAUCACAGAUGAAGCAAGCAGCCAACGAUGGCUCACCCACAGGCUCUCUUAGUGCUGGAAAACUUCAUUGGUGGCAAAUUUGUUCCUUGUUCCUCCUACAUAGACUCCUAUAAUCCAUCCACCGGAGAUGUCUAUUGCAGGGUUCCAGACAGUGGCAAAGAAGAGGUAGAAGCUGCUGUCAAAGCUGCCAAGGAUGCCUUCCCAGUUUGGUCCUCAAAAAGUCCAUCGGAAAGAUCUCAGAUCCUGAACAAAUUGGCAGACCUGAUUGAACAUGACCUGGAAGCAUUUGCACAAGCAGAGUCAAAAGAUCAGGGAAAAACUAUUACGUUUGCCAGAACAGUGGACAUCCCUCGGGCCGUGCACAACUUCCGUUUCUUCGCCUCUUCCAUCCUUCAUCAUGUCACAGAGUGCACCGAGAUGCCAACCAUGGGCUGUGUGCACUACACCUCGAGGGCACCUGUGGGAGUUGCUGGUUUAAUCAGUCCUUGGAAUUUGCCACUGUAUUUGUUGACUUGGAAAAUAGCUCCUGCCAUUGCAUGUGGAAAUACUGUGGUUGCCAAGCCAAGUGAGAUGACAUCUGUCACAGCCUGGAUGAUGUGCAAGCUCUUGGAGAAAGCAGGGGUGCCUCCGGGGGUGGUGAAUGUCGUGUUUGGAACGGGUGCCAAGGCAGGAGAGGCCCUGGUGUGCCACCCCGACGUGCCUCUGAUCUCCUUCACGGGCAGCACGCUGACGGCCCAGCGGAUCACGGAGAGAAGUGCUCCACACUGCAAGCGGCUCUCGCUGGAGCUGGGCGGCAAAAACCCCGCCAUCGUCUUCGAUGAUGCUGACUUGAGCCAGUGCAUCCCCACCACCGUGAGGUCCAGCUUUGCCAACCAGGGUGAGAUCUGUCUUUGUACCUCCAGGAUCUUUGUUCAGAGGGGAAUAUACAGCGAGUUUUUGAAGAGGUUUGUGGCAGAGGCCAAGAAGUGGAAGACUGGGAAUCCCUCAGAUCCUACAGUCGACGUGGGAGCACUAAUAAGUAAAGAGCAUCUAGAAAAGGUAAGGAACUAUGUGAAGAAAGCCCAGGCUGAAGGAGCCAGAGUCCUCUGUGGAGAGGGAGUGGAUCCUUUGGCCCUCCCACCUGGCAACCAGAAAGGCUAUUUCAUGUUGCCCACAGUUAUUGCUGAAGUCAAGGAUGAAUCUUGUUGCAUGCAAGAAGAGAUUUUUGGUCCUGUGACAUGUGUGGUAGCAUUUGAUACAGAAGAAGAGGUGAUCAAAAGAGCCAAUGGUGUGAAAUAUGGCUUGGCAGCCACGGUGUGGUCCGGCAACGUGGGACGUGUUCACAGGGUGGCACACAGGCUGCAGUCUGGAUUGGUGUGGACCAACUGCUGGCUUGUGAGAGACCUGAACUUGCCAUUUGGUGGGAUGAAAGCCUCAGGCAUAGGCAGGGAGGGAGCAAAGGAUUCCUACGAGUUCUUCACUGAGGUCAAGACCAUCACAAUAAAGCACUGACAUGUAUCAACAGAAGUAUUUCAGAGUGAAAUAAAUGACAGCAAUUUGAGUUAUCAAAAAUGGCUCCUUAGAACACAGGCUACUAUUGUGGCCAUUCCUUCUUGAUCUUUGGUCAAGUAAUAUCAGUGACAGCUGAAAAUGAUCAUCCCAAAUACUAAUGUUAAAGGCAGCUUUUCAUGAGGUUGGAUUAGAAGAUCAGUGUGGACUCCACAAUCAACUCAUCCCAAGCCAGAUGACUUGCCUGUCUUACAGAUCCUAAAUCUUUUUGAUAUUCCUGUCUCAAAAAUCUGUCCCUCUAAGGCAGAUUGGAGAAAGAGUAAUAUAUGAUGGUAGCUCUGGUUGGUGAAUUACCUUCAGGGAGAAAGCAGCAAGCACGUGGUGAGGCUGAUAUUGUAAAGGGGCAUCAGCUCUAUUUCACUCUGAACGGUGUGAAAAUCCAUCCAUAUUGCACUUCACUGAUAUCAGACAAGGAUUGAUACUAUACUACACUGAAAGCCUGAGGAACUACUUUUAACCUACUAAGUGGUUUUCAGCCACGGGGUCAUGACAUUCUCAUGAUAUUCACAGAGACAAUAAAUGUUUUAAUUAUAAACUUCUUUAUAGUAGGGAGCUGAAUGAUCCUAUUACCUGUUCUCUAACAGGUAUUAUCUAAUUUUUGAAAUUAAAGCCUUUUGUCACUUUGA